AGUCCUGAAAAAAUGGCAAAUCCGAUUUCAUCUGGCCCACAAGAAGCACGUUUAGAGGACGAAAAAUCAGCUGGAAAUUCAGAUUUUACUGGUGCAACGCUUCAGUUUGGUAUGCAGGGUGGGGAAGAACCAAAUGUUGAUUUUGCAGGCCCAGGAUUAGGCCGUUCCAGACCUCAUUCUGGGAGCACCCUUUCCAGGCAAAGUGUAUCCAGCACAGGAAGUAAAACAAGCCUUGGGAUAAGGAAUACUGUCGAUUAUGUCGCCAAGGGAUUCUUCAGCAAGAAGGAUGGCUAUUUUGAGAAGGCAGUCGAUGUUGCAAAGGAGCUAUUGCGGAAUGACCUGGAUGGUGAUGUCAAGGGAGCAUGGCUGCUGUCAGAAAUUGACCAUUGGGACAAUGAAAAGGAGAAAAUUAUCAUCCUGAAUGAUAAUUCUGUCGUGGUGAUUAAGUACGACUUUGUGACGGAGAAGGUGCUGGAUCAUCGGCGAGUGUUCCUUCACAUGAUUGACACCGUUACACUUGGCGAUCUGGUUUACCCGGAGAAGUCCUUGAUGCCUCCACGCAAUCAUGGUGGUGUACGUGCCUCGUGGAAUCGAAACCAGGCUCUGUCCUUCGGUCAGAAAUGGAACCCAUGGUGUACAGACAUUCCUUACCUCACCCUAACGCACCACCCCCUCCUAUACAAUGAGAAAGAGAGAGAGACCAUCACAUACAGUGUCGACGACUUUUACGAGUCAUUUAUCCAGCAAAUUCACAACUGCUACCAGCGGAAAGACCCUGGCAAGAAGGUCAAGGUCGAAGAGGCGCCCAUUAUGAUUGAGACGUACGCUAGUCUGUCAUCGAUGGUCUUCAAUCAAAGUUAUUUGGGAUUCUCUCGUGAACGGGGCGGCGUUAGCUUUUAAUCUGCAAACUUUUUCCCUCAGAAUGUCAAAGGGAGGACUCUGCAUCUAAUCUGUGUAUGUUUUCAGUUAUUUUGCCAAAAAGCAUGAGACUUGCUUCAGGAUCUGUGCCUCUUAUCAAGAGUCUGCUAGGACAUUUGCUACCCCUGCCACAACUCCAUAGAAAUUACUUGAAAAAAAAGAAAUUCCGAAAAUUUGGAAUCUUUUUGAUUAGGGGCAGAACUGUCUCUUUUAAAAGCAAUGGCCUGGUUUUGUAUUGAAAAAGCAAGAAAACGAGAUGCAGUGAGGGUUCGAGAGACUAAGGUUCCCUUUUGAAGUGAUCAGCUCAUAGCAUUUUCGCAAUGUGAAUCUUAUUCCAAAAAUUGGAUGUAAAAAGCAUUAUGACCACUGUCUCAGAUAUUCUAGCUGGUGUCACUUUGAGGGCUGUGGUUUCAUGGAAGUUUUGUUGUGGGAUGUGUUCUGAUUUGUAGAGACAGAAGAUUUAGAUGCCAAAAUUUAUCUGGUGUACAGUUUGCAAACUCCAAUAUAUCCCUUUACUGUACAUUGUAGAGUGUAAAUUUUAGUUAAAAGUGAGAUUAGGUGCCCUUAAAAAAGUAAGUCCUCCUGAAACAAAUGCGCUUUCAUGUGAAAUCUAAAACUGUCAAAGGUUAUGCAUUCAUUAUCUCGAACAGCAUUUAAACAUUCAGUGAAAGUAUGGAUACAAAAUCGCCAGCUCUUUUGAAAAUAUCAGGUGUAGAUUUCACACGAAAUUGAAUUUGAAGGAGACAGGGUACAUGUGCUUGCAAUUCGCAAGGUAUCAUCAAAUAUCUAUAACAUGCAGGCGAGAGGCCGUGAAGUUCACUGAUAUGAGUUGAUGAUGAUAUGACUUGUCUAACUUUUCUUCUAACGUUACAGUACUUCCAGCUUGUUUGUAAUAUUUUCUAAUUUAUGUAAAUUGAUGCUUUAUUAAUUAUUGUGCAAUUUAGUUUGUAUCUUUUGAACAGCUGAUACAUAUAUGUGCCUAUAUUCAAUUAGUUUAUAUUGGGAAAAUGAGUUCUCCACACUAGCUGCAAAUUUGUCUCAGUCCUGUCCUUCAGUGCGGGUGGCAAAGCACCAGGCCUUUCCAAAGUCAACAUGCCACAGUCAUCUGUCAUUGUUCUGGUUGGUUUGCUUGGGAACCACUGUGGUCUAGUGGCUCAGGCUCUUGACUCACUUGUCAUUGUCUUUCUCGAUGUAGAUUAUAGCACGAGUUCACGUGGUUUAAAAUGCAUCUCGCACCCUGAAAUAUGCAUUUUCUAAUCUUCAGUCGAUGUUUCUAAAUGAUAUACGGUGUAUGUAUGUUGAAGGAUGUUGUUAAUAUUAUUCAAGAUAUUUAUAAAGUGCUAACUAAUUAUCAUGUACACUUCUUGUUGUUAUUAAGGAAGCUACACACACUCUUUCUCUAAAAGACGCGGUGUGGAUUUCAAGGAAGUUUCUAAACUCUUCAACAUUCACAGAAUACGUUGUACAUGUAGAUGUAGAUGUACAUGUUCAUGUACAUGUUGUACCUUCUUGAUCAAUCAAUUUCUGUUGCCAAUUUGAAUUUCCAAAUUUUAUAAUUUUGAUUACUGCUAAUUGCUAUUUGUUAUAACAUGUAUGAUUGUUAAAAACCAUGCAGGGCCAAGUUAUGCCAAAGUGAAGUGUUCCAAAUUUAUGAUAAUUAAAUCUCGAUCAUGUUAUGGUAUAACACGAAAUAAAAUAAAACUGACUUUGUUGGUGCUUGUUAGGCACAAGAAUUUAGUAGAUGAAAUUGGUGUAUGGAGAUAGAUGUUUAUUAUUUAGCGGGAUUUUGGCCCAGCGGCCGAGUAGAAUCUGAAUACCCUAGAUGUAUGUGUACAUGUGUGUGAUCUUCAAAUAAAUGAUAU